UGUCACGUGUCCCCCGCGCUGUCACGUGGUCCGCCCCGCGGUGCAUUGUGGGCCGGCAAAGAUGGCGGCGCUGGGCGCGGGCCGGGCGGCGGCGGUUCUCCUGCGUGCCCAGAGCCUCGGGGCCUGGCGGGGGCUGGGCACCUCGGCCGCCCUCCUGCAGCAGCCCCAGGCCAAGUCCCACAGGGCUGAGGGGACGUUCCAGGUGACGAUGCUGCCGGGGGACGGCGUGGGCCCGGAGCUCAUGCACGCUGUCAAGGAGGUCUUCAAGGCUGGCAAUGUCCCCGUGCUCUUCGACGAGCACCACCUGAGCGAGGUGCAGAACACGGCGUCCGAGGAGAAGCUGGAUCGGGUGGUGGACUCCAUGAAGGAGAGCAAGGUGGCCCUCAUUGGGAAGAUCCACACACCCAUGGAGUACAAGGGCGACCUGGCGUCCUACGACAUGAGGCUCAGGAGGAAGCUGGACCUGUUUGCCAACGUGGUGCACGUCAAGAGCCUCCCGGGCUACCAGACCCGGCACAACAACCUGGACCUGGUGAUCAUCCGCGAGCAGACCGAGGGCGAGUACAGCUCCCUGGAGCACGAGAGCGUCAAGGGCGUGAUCGAGUGCCUGAAGAUCAUCACCAGGGCCAAGUCCCAGCGCAUCGCCAAGUUCGCCUUCGACUACGCCACCAAGAAGGGCCGGGCCAAGGUGACGGCCGUGCACAAGGCCAACAUCAUCUGUAAGGAGGUGGCCGAGCUGUACCCCAAGAUCAAAUUCGACACCAUGAUCAUCGACAACUGCUGCAUGCAGCUGGUGCAGAAUCCCUACCAGUUCGACGUCCUGGUGAUGCCCAACCUCUACGGCAACAUCGUGGACAACCUGGCCGCGGGGCUGGUGGGCGGCGCCGGCGUCGUGCCCGGCGAGAGCUACAGCGCCGAGUACGCCGUCUUCGAGCUGGGUGCCCGGCACCCCUUCGCCCAGGCCGUGGGCAGGAACAUCGCCAACCCCACGGCCAUGCUGCUCUCGGCCUCCAACAUGCUGCGGCACCUCAACCUGGAAUACCACUCCAACAUGAUCUCGGACGCGGUGAAGAAGGUGAUCAAAGGUGGAAAAGUCCGGACCCGGGACCUGGGCGGUUACUCCACCACUUCCGACUUCGUCAAGUCCGUCAUUGACAACCUGCACCCCAACUAUGGGGCUUAGGACCCCCGGCACCCCCCAGCGCCGCAGCCCCCUCCCCACACCCCCCCAGGAUCCCUUCGCCUCCCCCCACACCCCCAGGAGGCGGCCAGUGCGGGUUUGGGGGUGUCUGGGGGGAAUGGGGGAAAUGGGGCAGCACCCCAAACUCACAGGCAGCUCCUGGGGACACCGGGACCACCCAGCACGGCUCUGGGACCCCCAUUCCCAUGGGAUCCUUACAAAUCUGGGACCCCCAUCCCAUGGGAUCCUUGUGAGACCCCCAUUCCUAUGGGAUCCUUACAAAUGUGGGACCCCCAUUCCUAUAGGAUCCCUUGGGACCCCAUUCCCACGGGAUCCCUUUGCCUGUGGGAUCCCAUUCCCAUGAGAUCCUUGUGAGACCCCCCCCAUUCCUAUGGGGUUUUUGUGACUGUUGGACCAAUGGGAUUUGUGGGAUCCUCAUUCCCGUGGGAUUCUUAGAAUGUGGGACCCCAUUCCCAUGGGAUCCCUGUGAUCACAGGCCCCCAUUCCUAUGGGAUCUCUUUGACUGUGGGCCCCCCAUUCCUGCGGGGUCGUUGUGACUGCUGGACCAAUGGAAUUGUGGAAUUCUCAUGGGACCACCACCACCACAACUGUGGGACCCCCAUUCCCGUGGGAUCCCCGUGACCCCAUUCCCGUGGGAUCCAUCCCAUCCAGCUCCCAGCAAUAGGCAGGGUGACACCCCCACCCUCCCCUCCCGUGGCAGCUCUGGCACAGGGUCCCCACGCGGGGACAGCUCCAGGCGUGGGGUGCCCUUGGAACACUCCGGACCCGGGGCAGGGUGGGGAGCUGCACCCCGUGCCCCCCAAUCCGUGGGAAUCGGGGGGCUGCAGGGCUCCGAGCCCACCCCACGAGCGCCGUGGGGCCGGGGCUGGUGCCGCGCCGCCGCGUCCUGCUCUGUAUUCUGCUUCGCUAAUAAAGGGUCCAGCGCUUCCUGG